AUGAGUUCCAUUCAAUGCUGUAUUUCUGGAUGCAAGCUUAAGCCAGAAUAUUUAUGCGGUUGUACAAACCCAAAAUCAGCUGUCUGCAUCACUCACCUAAAUAGCCAUGGAGAGCCUAGCAUUGUUUCUCACCCAUUUGAAAACAUCUUUUCUCGGCCUUUAGAGAAAACUAAGAUAAGCCUUUUAGCUCGCCUUAGAGAAGAAAAAAUGAAAAUCAGUGCAAUAAAGCAAAAAUUUAUAUCUGAUGAAACAGAAUUUAUAAAAAAUGCUGAAGAUAGCUUGAAAAAUAAAAUCGAAGCACUAACUUCAGGAAUUAAGGUAAUAGACUAUUACAUAGUUACAAUUAUGGCUGCUGAUGAAAUUGAAAGAAAAAGUGACGAUUCCUUAUUGAAUCUUCUUUUACUUAGCCCAAAUGAAGCUUUACUUAAAAUUAAUCAAGUAAUUAAGGAUAAUAUCGAUUUUGGAUCGAUAGCUGAUAAUUGCUGCUUUGAAGAAAGACAAGAUAUGGUGAAUGCAAAUGCAUUAGAGACAAAUGAAAAAAUUAAUAAAUUGGAAAGAGAGGUAAAGGAACUUAGAGAGGAAAUAUCGUCUCUAACUUCCUCGCCUCCGUGAGUGAGCAAAACCAUUAGAAAAAUCCCGAUUUUUUGCCCAAAAACCCACCCUCCGUGAGUGAACAAAAAUUGUUUUAAUAGGAAAAAAUUUUUUAUGGAAAAAAAAUCUUGUUAGAUAAGUGAUAAUUACUAUAAUGAAAUAUCGAGCUAAUUCAGUUUAAUUUUAAACAAAUUGCGUUUUAAAACAUAAAUUUUACAAAUAAAUUAAUAUUUGCUUUCCAAUUUUUAGAAAAGUGAGAUUUUUUUUAAAUUUCGAAAACAAAUUUUUCUAUUAUAUAUAAAUUUUUUUUAAAAAAAAAAAAUUAGCACCUCUCCGUGAGUGAACAAAAUUUUUGUUCACUCACGGAGGGGGGAGUAAGAGAAUUAAAAGAAGAAGUAAAAUCUCUAAAUCUUAUCUAUUAACAAGCAAAAAUCUCAGAUUUUGUAUUUUUCAUUUUUAUUUUAAAUCUAUUUUUAUUUGCAAAGUGGAAUCUUCAAAUUCUGUAUAAUUUUCUCAAUUGUUUUUAAUGUCUAUUUUCAUGGGAAAAUUAUUAUAUAAAGUGCUUAUUAUUUGUAUGAAAAUAUUUUAAUAGCAAUUUUUCUUAUAUAUUAAAUAGUAUAAAAUAUUAAUUAUAACAGUUUCGGUCAAUAUAUAUUAGAAAAUAAUUAAUAGGUGAAAAUAAGAGAAUUUAUAGCUCUUAAUGCUAUUGAUUACAGUUCAAAUAUAGAAAAACAAAAAAGUAAUAAAAAUAAUGAGGAAUCAAAAGAAAUAGUUUCAGUUGUAAAGGGCUUAGAAAAAGAAUUGCAAUUUCAAAUGAAUUCAUUCUCUGCAAGUGCACCAUUAAGCUCAUUGAUUCCAGAUACUUCUCUACUUAAUUUUCCAAUAAUUCAUAAACCACCAAAGCCUGGACUUAAAGACUUUGGAAACACAUCUUAUAUUAAUUCUCUAAUCCAAGUCCUUGCCAGCUUCAAAUUUUUUGUAGAAAUAAUAGUUGAAUCUUACGACGACUUGCUUAAAACUUUAAGCAAGCUAUUGUUAAGCAUAAAUUACUCAAGUUCACAAGAAGUAAUCGAUGAUUUGUUACUUGAAACAGCCACUGCCUUAGCCCAAGCAUAUCCUAUUGUAUUAACUAUUUAGAUUAACAGUAAUAAAGACCCAAAACUUUUGCUAGAAUUUAUUAUAUCAAAAUUCAAUGAAGUUUGCCCAGGAUAUAAUUUAUUUACAAUAGUUAAACACGAUAAAAUAGUUUGCGCUUUAGGCCAUAUUGAUGAAAGUGGCAGUAAAGAAAUCAUUCUAAAUGUAUCUGAUUUGCCUAACGGACAAAUGAAAGAUGCGAUUGAUUCUUUAAAAGCUCUUAAGCUUACUGAUAUGAAUUGCAGCUUUUGUAAUAAGAUUCAAAUAUGCACAAUUUCUAUGGCCUAUAUUGAGCUUCCUUGUUUUUUAGUUAUAAGUUUUCGCCCUAAUAAUAACUUUGUGUUGCCAGAAAUGUUUUGCUAUCAAAAUUCUUCAUAUGAAUUGUUUGGGGAUAAUCAUGAAAGUCUUGUGUGUAAAUUACAGUAAAUUUGAAAAAAAAUAUUUUAAGAGUUUAUAAAAUCUCUGAUAUUUGAUAAAUAAAAAAGUGGAUAAAAAAUAUAAAAUUUAAUUUCAAAACCCCCUUUAAAUUAUACAGUUUUUAUUGCUUCAAUUUUAAAAAGGAUAAGGUUUCUUUUUCAUGCGAAAAUGGUGAAGAUUUGUGGUUUUAAAGCAAUUUUUUCCCCGUAUUUUUAUGUGAUUUUAAAAAAAUGAAAUUAUGCGAUUUCCAAAUCAAGGGUCUUUCGUGAUUAUCAUUGUUUGGAGCAAUAAAGAAAGUUCCUGAUCAUAGGGCUACUGAUAAAUAUAUUGCAUUGACAAAGGAUGAUGGAGUUUGGAGUAAAUAUGACAAUCUAGAAUCAGAAUGCCGCAAUAUAGAUUUUAAAGGAUGCUAUCUUGCCUUUUAUAUGAGCGUAUAG